AUGAGGUUGGAACACAAAUGUGUGAGAAGCAGAGAGAACAAGAAGGUCACUGCAGAGUUCAUUGCAGAGAGGUACCUUGAGGAGUUCAGAAGUAAUCCCUCAUGGAAGAUUAAACAGAUUAGGGAUAGGGUUUUGCAAGGUUUGGGUAUAACAGUAACCUACUUUAGGGCUUGGAUGGCAAGAUGUAGAGCAAAGUUGAUAAUAUUUGGUUCAGCAAGAGAGCAGUAUGCAAGGGUCUGGGACUAUGGGAAGGCAAUUAUGAAGUAUAACCCAGGGUCUGGUUGUAAUGUGAUGGUGGAGGGCUUUGAUCAACCUGAGCCACCUAUCUUUCUGAGGAUGUUUGUUUGUCUGAGGGCUGUGAAAGAUGGGUUUUUGAAAGGUUGCAGGCCAAUCAUUGGGGUAGAUGGGUGCCACUUGAAAGGAGCUUACCCAGGGCAAAUUUUAGUUGCUGUGUCCAAGGAUGGAAACAACGGAAUUUACCCUAUUGCUUGGGCAACAUGUGAGAUUGAAAACAAGGAUACUUGGAUUUGGUUCCUGCAAUCAUUGAUGGAUAGUUUGGGGAAUGUUGAUGGAACAAGUCUGACUUUCAUGUCAGACAGGCAAAAGGGUUUGGUUGAAGCUUUAGCUACAGUUGUCCCAAAUGCAGAGACAAGGUUUUGUGUUAGGCAUAUUUGGGCAAAUUUUAAACUGAAGUUCACAGGAACAGUCUUCAAGGAGCUUUUUUGGAGUGCUGCAAGAGCAACAACACUGCCUGACCAUGAAAUGGCAAUGGAUCAAAUCAAGGAGCUAAACCAAGAAGCUUAUGAUUAUUUGCUAAAGAUCCCCACUAAACACUGGUGCAGACAUGCAUUUACUGAGAACUGCAAGUCCAACAUGUUACUCAACAACAUGUGUGAGACUUUUAACUCAGUAAUUAGGGAUGCAAGAGACAAACCUAUCCUCACCCAAAUGGAGUGGAUGAGGAGAUACAUGAUGAAUCGGAACAAUGAGAAGUGGGAAGACUCUAAGCACUUCAGAAGCAAUUUGACUCCUUAUGUUCACAAGCUGUUUCAAAGAAUCAGCUAUGUGUCUAGGAAUUGUAUUAUUCAAGCUGCCAGGGAUGAUACAUAUGAAGUUCAGCUUUAUGAUGAUCAGGUGCUAGUUGAUUUGGGGAAUAACACAUGCUCAUGUUACCAUUAG